AAAUGUUUCGUAAAGAAAAACCGAUUACUUUGAAAGCAUCGGCAUCUUCUCUUUGUAAUAAUCUUGCUCUUCACUUAAUGCCAGAGAAGCGACAAAUAGGAUACGCCGUUGUUCACAAAUCUAUGGUUAACAUAGCUUGUGCAACACCUGACGGAAGUGUAGUUACAGGUCGACAGGUUAUAUGCAAAGAACCAUCGGUAACACAAGGUCUACCCUUUGUUUUGCAAGCAAAGUGGGUCACACUUCCUUCACGUUCUGUCUUAGUUUUAACUUCAUCAAGAGGUAUACAGGUAUUUGAAUCUGAUGGAUCAGCAAUGGUUUAUUGGCACUCAUUAAGUGAUUCUCCAGAUGUAGGGCAUUGUGCUAAAGGUAUUGCAGGAGUUGGAGAAAAUUUUCUGUGUAUAGGAACUGAUGAUGGUUCCAUAUUAGUGUUCAGUUUGCCAGUAAAGGGAACUAAUAUCAAAUUAGAACACACACUUACAGGCCACAAGGCACCAAUUUCAGAUCUAGCUUCAGAACAAAACACAUUGGUCAGUGCUGAUGACAUGGGCUGCAUUAUUGUUUGGAAGUUAAAUGGAGGAGAUUUUGAUCAAGUUUCAAACAUCAAAGCCAAUGGCUGGCCAUGCAACAGUGUGGCCAUCUGGAAGGGUGUCAUCGUUGCAGGUUUUGCGUCUGGCCACCUGCGAGUGUACAACGCCACAACAGGUUGUCUGGGAGCUGAAGUCACAGCACACGCCCGCACCAUCAAUGCUGUGGAUAUCUCUACGGACACUGGCAUGGUGAUCUCUGCCAGUGAUGAUACAUUCUUCAGGAUUUGGCAACUCAAACCACUAAAUGCCCCUCAGAUUGAGUUCAGACACAGCGAGUGUGUGCCUGAUUUACAGCUUGUGGGAGCCAAGUUCAUCGACGAGAAAGGGGGAGCACUAUGUGUCACUGGUUACGACAGCUCAGACAUUCUUUUUUUUGUCCGCACUUAA